UUGAUUUUGGGGGAAAAAAUUACACCAAUGGGGUGGAUUUAACCAUGGUAAUUUAAUUUGUAGCAGAGCCUGUGUCAAUAUCAGCCAUUGACAUUGACUAAGCUUGGUUAGAAUUGCAAAUUGCGGAAGAAUAUGGGGGCAAUUCCACAACCUCAGCUGUAUUAAUAAGAGCUACUUUCGAACUCUAUUAGCAGCAGAUUCACUAGAACCUUCUUCUUCUUCUCUUUCUCACCGCGAUGGCGGAGAAGAAGCAUCUCAACUCCAUUGGGAAUCGUUUCCUCACACUCCAGCUGCUGCUACUCUUUUCGCUCUGUCGGCUCCACUUCUCAUGCGCAGAGGUCAUCUUUGAAGAAAGAUUCGACGAGGGUUGGGAGGGCAGAUGGGUGAAGUCGGAUUGGAAGAGGAGUGAAGGCAAAGCAGGAACAUUCAAACACACCGCUGGGAGAUGGUCCGGCGAUCCAGAUGACAAAGGCAUCCAGACGACCAAUGAUGCCAAGCAUUUUGCUAUAUCUGCAAAGAUACCCGAGUUCAGCAACAAGGACAGGACCUUGGUUCUUCAGUACUCGAUAAGAUUAGAGCAGGACAUUGAGUGUGGUGGUGGAUACAUUAAGCUUCUCUCCGGAUAUGUUAAUCAGAAGAAGUUUGGUGGAGAUACUCCUUACAGCGUUAUGUUUGGACCAGACCUGUGCGGCACACAAAAAAAGAAGCUGCAUCUUAUAGUAUCUUACCAAGGGCAGAAUUAUCCAAUAAAAAAGGAGUUGGAGUGUGAAACUGACAAGCUGACUCAUUUCUACACAUUUGUCCUGAGGCCUGAUGCAUCUUAUAGCAUCCUGAUUGAUGGUCGUGAAAGGGAUUCUGGAAGCCUGUACACAGAUUGGGAUAUUCUACCUCCACGGAAGAUUAGAGCUGUCAAGGCAAAAAAGCCUGCUGACUGGGAUGAUAGAGAAUAUAUCGAUGAUCCUAAUGCUGUCAAACCUAAGGGAUAUGAUUCUAUUCCUAAAGAGAUUCCUGAUCCUAGCGCCAAGGAGCCUGAAGAUUGGGAUGAUGAAGAGAAUGGCAUAUGGAGACCACCAAAGAUCCCGAACCCAAAGUAUAAAGGGCCAUGGAAACCCAAGAGAAUCAAGAAUCCUAAUUACAAAGGAAAGUGGAGGAUUCCCUACAUCGACAAUCCUGAGUUUGAAGACGACCCGGAUCUUUACGUGCUUAAGCCAAUCAAGUAUGUUGGUAUCGAAGUUUGGCAGGUGAAGGCUGGUUCAGUUUUUGACAACGUCUUGAUAUGCGAUGAUCCAGACUACGCAAAAGAAGUUGUACAAGAUAUAUUGUCCAAUAGAGAGAUUGAGAAGGAGGCCUUUGAGGAAGCAGAAAAAAUUAGGAGAGCUCGAGAAGAAGAGGAAGCUCAACGAGCGAGAGAGGAAGGCGAAAGGAGAAGACGAGAGCGUGGUUAUGACAGGAACCACAGAGACAAAUACAGGAAGCGCAAUCGUCACGAUCACUGGGAUGACUACCAUGAUGAGCUCUAAGGAAAUCGUCAGCUCUAUCUUCAAGACGUCGCUACAAGCCCGAGCAGUUCAACGAAAUCUGGCAGCAGCUCACCGUACCAAUAGCAGCAAUACUAGUUGUUCCAUUUUCUCUUUAUAUUGAGGCGCAGCAUUUCAUUUUCUUGAAUGCACUGCUGCUACUUCCAUUGUUGUUGUUGUUGUUGUUGUUGUAUCUCCGCGGAUUAGGGUUCAUAAACUCCCCGGUUUUCCGAUUCCAGAUGGCAAUAGCUUUUGUAAUAACAGUGAUACAAACCAUCUAAUCAACUGAGAGUUCUUCA